AUGGCGGCCCCUACCUCUGGGAGCGUGCCCCUCUCCGCUGCGCAGGUCGAAUCGACCGCCGCCGCGAACCCUACUGCCAGAUCCGCCGCCGCCCAGCUCGCUCCCCGCGCCGUGGAGGAAGCGGCCAAGCGCAAGCGGCUGGCCAUGCAUGUCCUCGCGUCGUCAUCCGCCACCGAGCUCGCUCCCGCACCAAGGACCGCGGUGAGGAAGGUCCCCGCCAAGAAGGCCGCGCCGAAGACGCCGAAGAAGGCCGCCGCCAAGAAGCCGCCGCUGAAGAAGAAGGCUUCGAUGGCAGCUUUGAUGACUGCGCCAGCGGCACCCACUCCUCUACCAGCCGACGACAACGACACACCAAGAAACUCGGGGAGGCCGGAUGGAAACAAGAGGGCGAAAGAGAAGUUGAGGAACGAAGCCGAGGCCGCCGGUUUGAGAGACAAGAUCGACGAGAUGCUGAGGUCCAAGGAGCUUCUCGUCAACAAGGCCUUGGCGGAGAAGAGGGCUAUAGCCGAGAUGAAGAGGCAAGAGAAGCAAGCCAAGUGGGAGAUCCUUCGACAAGAUGAGAUGCGCAAGGCAGCCGUGGAGGAGAAGAGGGCUAUGGCCGAGGAGAACCGCGCCAUGGCCGAGCUCAUCGCACAGGAGAACAAAGUGAUGAUGAUGGAUCCAUCCACCAUGGAUGCCUUCACCAAGGAAUGGUGGGACUUGUCAAGGAUGGAGAUCUUGGCAAGAAGGAGAGCAGCGACGGCAGCUCGAGCUGCUGCGGAGGAGGCGGCGUCGAUGGCGGCAGCUGCAGCAGCGAAUGGUGGUGAUGGCGUCGUCGACAACUCGCCGUCGGCUUGA